UGGGAGUUGAUUGUAUGGAUAAUUCGAUCCGGUUUCAUAUAUUAUAUUUUAAUCUUAUUACUUAAAAUAUCUAGCCACCUGGGAUUAAACCGAUAAAAGUAUGUAAGGAGUCUAUAAUGAAUUUACAAACAUAUUAGGUUGGGAUCCUAUUGGGCUGUGUUGGAUUAAAAUCCGUUAAUGAUACUCCUCUGAGCUUUGGGUUUGUGACGUUAAUAUAGAAAAGGAAAGAAUAAAUUUGGUACUCUAUAAAUUACGCUAGAGUAAUUAUCAGACAAUCAGUUUACUAAUUAGUUAACAUACAUACUCCCAGAUGUAUUCAUCUCUUUGCUUUACAUGAUCGUACCAAAGGAAUGAGGCACAUCAAGCUCUCAGCAACAAAAAACUAUAAGAAAGGUAAGUAUCUGUACGCACUACUUAAGCUACUCGCAGGUGACCAUGUUGAAGGGAUGAAUCUUCUGGACGUUCAUAAAUGGAGAAGCAACACCUAUGUGGUUGAUAAGCUGUGGAAGCAAGUUAAGAGAUCGUUGCAUGAAGUUCCAAUCAUAAAGAACAGUUUCUAUGGCACGAACAUGAUUCUUAUAAUGCCACCAAGAGCUUGCGAACUCAACAAACUUGAGGAUAGAUGCAGUAAGUGCUUCUAUUAUAAAGAGAUGGCGAAGUUUAUGGAGUUAGUGCACCGUGGCUAACAACUCUCCUAAAUUCACCCUUUAUUAGUAUUUUCCAUUACGAUGCAUGUUUCAAUUACUACCUCUUUUGUUUUCCUUUUUCCUGCAUUGUAUGCAUUGUUUCAUGUUUACUUUAAAGAAAUUAUGAUAGCUGCUAAUUCCAUAUCUAUUAGACUAUAUUUUAAUUCUGUUUUACAUAUGCACAUUCAGUUAUUCAUAUUAAAAUUCUACGAUAUCAUAAAAGUUAAUUUUACUUCUACAUAAUUAUCAAUGACUCGAAACUUGUGGCACAAGUUAACAUUUCAAUGAUUUGGGCUACUAAUAACCCAUACUAAUAAACCGAUAACUAUUGGGCCUAGAAUAUUAACAAUAUAUUUACCGUUCGGAAAUCUACGGAAGUUAUAGUUUCAUCAUGAUGUAUACUAAUUCACUCAGACAAAUAAAAGAUACCACCACUACAGUAUUUUGUUACAAACACAAUAUUAAACUUCGCCUUAGUUACCCAAAAUGCAAAUUCGAAAAUCAUAUAUUAAAGUUAGCGUACUCCACUGUCCAUCCACAAAGUAUGGAAUUCAACCUUUAAUUAUUUCUUGCACAUUAUAAUCAGAACAACCAGUAAAAUAAUACCAUUAGUAUAAUUAAAAAUAUAUAAAAAAAAUUAAAUAUGAGAUCCCGCCCGUAGGGCGGACCGACCCUAGUGAGGUAUAUUAUAAUUUUUUGAUCAUUUGUAGCUUUCUUAAUUUAAGUCUCAAACUUUUGUACUCAUAUUUUCUUGCUAGACAAGAUAAUUUUUCAAGAAGAUUAUAUCAAGAGCCAGCUAUUACCAUGAUGUAGUAAGAAAUGACUUACGAAGUUCUUCUUAACUCUCGCAGACGUACUAAGCUUUGUUUAUCAUUCCUGUAGUCACAUUAUUUUUCCUCAUACUCAUAGCCAAUACACCAGUGUUAAGAGGAAACUGAAAAUAUAUCACUUUGCUUAUAAUCAAGGUCAGCUGCAAACAUAUAUGCCUUCGGGCUUUCCAUUUUGGUGAAAAGAGUUGUGUUUAGGAUAAGGGUAAUAUUACCUUAAUUAAAACUCAUCUAUGGGAACUUCAUUCUCUGUGUAACCAAAACUCUUUAUAAUUAAUCAACUCCGUAUAACCACAAAAUAAAAACAACAAAUCAUUGACAGAGUCUGGAAUUUUCAGAUUAAGCUAAAAAUCAAAAAGAACAUAAAAAGUUGGUUGUUUAUAAACACCUCUGAACUAAAAAAAAUAAACAAACCUUAAAAAUUUGUUGUUUAUACGAUCCAUCAAUAAAAAUAUUUUGAACAAUUUGUAAAUAUAUUAGAACGAGCUUUUAAUGUUCUGGUUUAUUCGUUUAGAAGCCAUAACAACACAAGUUUUUCUCCUCACUCAAAUAACAAACCUAGAAAUCACAGAAUCAAACGUUAUAUAUAUACAUAUUACAACUAUUAAUUAUAAGAAAUAUAUAGAAUUAAUAAAUAUAAGAAAGUAAAACACUAUUAAAAUAAAGGAAAAUGAUUAAACAAUUUACACAUACUGUCAAUAUUUUAAACUUGACUUGGACACUGAACCAGAUUAUUUUCAGAGUCUCCCGAUCAUUGGAUCGACUGUUGUUAAACCAUAGAUCAAUAAAUUAAUAAAUUUUAUCAAAUAAUUAUAUAUUAAUAUCACUUUUACCAUUAAAAUUAUUUAACUAACUUAUUAAUAUCGAAUUAGGACUUUGGCCAAAAAUUAAGAUAAGAAAUAAAUGAAUAACGAUUAUGGCAUAUAUUACGAAAUAUACGUAUCAUAUGGCAUAUACUACGAAAGAAAAAACAAGAAAAAAAAAGUUUGAAGAAACAUGAGAUCCUUGUUGGAAAAGGAUUUUUUGUUUUCUCCAAUAUAUAUUAGGAAUUGGUUUAAUGAUGCCGACCCUCGGUAUUCUUAUAAAUACAUACACUUAUAACCCUCGAAGAAAGCAUCCCAAUUACAAAAUCACAAAUUGCUCAAAAUCAAAAGCACGUAAGAAGAAGAGAAAAGAUGUCGCUGUCUUUUUCACAAACGAAGUUACUGGUAAUACUUGUGGCCUUUGCAUGCGUCUUCUCAUCAGGCUCAGAGGCAUGGAGCUGGAGUUGGAGCUCCGGUUCAGGCUCAGGCUCGGGUUGGGAAUCCCACGGCUCAGGCGGAUCAGCCUCAGGUUCGGGUACAAACCCUGAUGGUUCGCACUGGAGUUGGAAGUGGGACACACGGUCAGGCUGGAGAUGGAGGUCAGACUCACACCAUCCGAAGCCAGGCUCAUCGAACCAUAACGUUACGAAGCCUGAAGGCUCAUCGAACCAUAACGUUACGAAGCCUGAAGGCUCAUCAAAUCAUAACGUUACGAAGCCAGGCUCAUCGAACCAUAACGUUACGAAGCCUGAAGGCUCAUCAAAUCAUAACGUUACUAAGCCAGGCUCAUCGAACCAUAACGUUACGAAGCCAGGCUCAUCGCACCAUAACCAUAAUGAAACGAAGCCAGGCUCAUCAAAACAUAACGAUUCGAGGUCAGGCUCAGACGAUAACGAUUCAAGGAACCCGGUCUUUGCAACACCAAGAGAGGUCGUAGUGGGAGGAUCACGUGGAUGGAACUACGGGGUGGAUCUUGAAGAAUGGGCUUCCAAGACUACUUUCCAUGUCGGCGAUGUUCUUGUUUUCGAGUACAACAAUAUGACAAACCGAAGACAUGACGUGUACUUGCAAACAAAUCUGUGGAGUUACAGGACCUGCAACUUCGAAAGUAGAAAUAAGAUUGCUUCAUCGGAGGAGAAUGGAUCUAAAGAGAGCUUCAAAUUUACUCUUGCAAUGUCACAGCCUUACUCUUUUGCAUGCGGAGAGGAUAACGGCUAUUAUUGCCGUACCUAUAACAUGAAGUUCAGCGUUCUCCCAGGCGCCUGAGUCCUCUCGUCUUUCCGACUCAACCCUUUUGCCUCUUUUGCUUUUUUUUUCUUAAUGCAAUAUUAUUAUUAGAGUUGCUAUUUUUUAUUAGUUAAGGUUUUCUUAUUACAUAAAGAUUUUGAAGAGUUAAUAACUAGAUGACUUCUCACUUAAAUAUUACUUGCGGUAAGUAAGUUUUGUACAUAAUUAAAAUUUAUAGAAAAAUCGAUAAAUCACAUUUGUUGAUAAAAACUCAACAAAAUAAGAUUAAUUUCAAGACAUUUUGAAAUAUAUGUGAUGAUCGGUUGGGAUUCAACUUUAUACUUUAGCUUUAUUUAUUUUAAAUGACUAAUCUUAACCAAAUGAUUAUUUUAAAAGUUAAAGCCUAGCUACAUCAUCUACAACUUUUUUUGUUCAUGUUUUUUUUUUUCAAAAACAACAAUUAAAGUGAUUUAAAUUAAAAGUUGUAAUAUUUUUUACAGCAAAACAACAUAGAAAUACAAGAUAAAAAAAACAAAGACUAAAUCUUACAUCCAAACUUCUAAAUAUAUAGUCCAACCUUUUUUGGUUCCUCUCGUUUCAAAAGAAUAAUUUGGUUACAGUAAGAGCAAAGUAGCCACUAGUUGUUUGACAAAGAAAAAUUGACAGAAAGCAGUAAGUAGCCUAACUAUUACCGAGUUCGUCGGGACAUUGUAUCACUCUAAGUCCAAGUGUCUAGCAAUAAUUUGAUUUCUAUCCAGCAACCUGAUUCUAAACCUCACGUUUUCCACGUUGGGUUAGUACCUAAGAUAUUUUGGACCCAAUACGAAAUUAAAAAUAAGGCUUUUGAAUGAUACAUAAAAAUUUUGAUUUAUAAAAACUUAAAUUUAUGGUAAAAAUUACAAUAUCCUCAAAACUAAUUAAACUUUAUCAGUUUAGAAAGCUAUUUCUUUUUUUGCAUUUUUGCUGCAAAAUCUUCCAUCGAACUUUCAUAGUUAAAGUUUUUAUCAUAUUUUUUUCAAUCGACAAUAUAACCAAACAUUUUAAGCUAAAAGAUAAUUAUUAAUGUUUUGAAACUCAGUAAAAGAAGCGUGAAAGACAAAUGAAUUGAAAAGCAAGUAAAAUUUAACUUAGAUAAAAGGAUAUAUCCGUUAUAUAUUAAAAAAUAUUUGCAAUAAAUGUUUCACAUUUGUAAUAUAGUAUCAUUGUGAUGUGGCAGACUCACAAUCAUUUAAAUAUUAAAGUGCUGACAUGUCGUUUACAAAAAAAAUUUCAGACCAAAAUUG